AUGCCGCCCGCCACAGCGACACCCCCCGUCCCUUCUGCCCUAUCAACCCUUACACACCCCACCUCCCACAACCCCAUAAGCUCCUUAACCGCUCAAAUUCAACACAACCUCCAAUACCAACACCGUUGGACAUCACUGCGCAUCCACUCUCCUCACACCCUCUCCCCAAGCCAAAACAUAACCCUCAUAUCCGGCCUGCCCCCACAAACCCUCUACACCCACCCGGACGAACAAGCAUACAUGCUCGAGCACGGAAUUAACCCAGAUGACGUCCCUACUGAGCGUGAGUGGGUUAUACCGACGGCGCAAGGGCAGGCGUGGAGCUUGAGGCGGUUAGCAGAGUGUUUUGAUGCGAUGUCAUUGCCCGAUAGCAAGCAGGCGGAAGGGGUUGAGAAUGUUGUCGGAAUGACAGUGGAGAAGGGCGGCGACAGCAGAAGCAAUGGGGUUUCAGAAGUAAAGAGUGGAGAAGGCAAGGGGAUGAAGACGGAAAAGAAGAGUAAGGAAGAGAUAUUUGCGGAGUAUCAACGGCGGAAGAGGGGCAAGGAGUGGGGCGGGAAGAGGGCUUUGUUGGCCAUGAUGGAUAGGGGCAAGGGCGGGGAUGGGACGGUUGUAUACUACGUUGUGCUCGAAGGGAGUGUGAAGCCUAGGCAGAAUUGA